AUGAACAGCGCCGCUACGUCGUCACGAAGGAAGGUGGCCCGCGUCAUCAACUCCUUCCCCGUACCUGGCGCUGGCGUCAGAGCCACGUGCCUCAAAUCAGACUUUCACGAGGACGUGCGCAAGAUCGCCGACGAAGCCGACGCCAAAGGCAACCCGCAGUCGCGGGCGGAGAAGGUGAUCGUGGUGGGGGACCACUCUGUGGGCAAGACGUCCCUCGUGCGCCGCUUCUGUGAGGGCAAAUUCACGGACCAGUAUAAAGCCACCAUCGGGGUCGACUUCAUCUACCAAAAGUACCGCAUCCUCAAGCAGGACUUCACCCUUCACAUAUGGGACACGGCCGGGCAGGAGCAGUUCCGGUGCAUCUCCAAGGCCUACUUCCGGGGCGCCAGCGGCAGCAUCCUGGCCUUCGACCUGAGCAGCAAGGAGAGCUUCGACAACACCCGCGCCUGGCUCGAGGAGGUCCUCCGGGAGGUGACGCCUGGCCACAAGGUGUUCCUGGUGGGCCUCAAGGACGAUCUGCCGCACGCCAUCGACAAAGCGGAGGCCCGGAAGAUGGCCGAUGAGCUCAAAGCCGAGUACUGGGAGGUGAGCGCCAAGAAGGACCACAAUGUGAACGAGCUGUUCGAUCGCGUGGCCGCCGCGCUGUUCGAGCAGAGCAUACUGAAGGCCGAGGCCAAGAAGAACCCCACCAUCAACCUGCCGUCCUCGUCCAGCAGCUCCCGCACCGACUCAGCCAUCUCCGACAGAUACGUGGAGAAAAGUUUUGAGAGCAGCAAGCAGAACGCGGCCCAGGCCACCAACCAGGGCUACUGCUGCUGGUGA